GUGCGCUUCGCCUUUUUCCCUUUAGACAAUGGUGUCCUUUGAGAUUCGCUGGAACACUAAAAAGUUUCUUAUCGAUUUAAACGAUGAGGAGUAUGAUGCCAUGACGGUUGGUGAUCUUAAAUUGAGAUGUCAACAACUAACCGAGAUUGAGCCUCAAUACAUGAAAUUAUUAGCUCGCGGGGCUAUAUUAAAAAAUGAUACCGAGUCAAUAAAAAAUUAUAAAAUUUUAUCAGGAUCAAAGAUAAUGCUUAUGGGGUCUAAGACCCACAUAUCACCUCUGAAAGCACCUCCACCCAAGGACGAUGCCCCUAUUUCGACUCGUUUGCACUGGAUUAGGAAUUUGCGGGAAUCUGCUUUGAAGCCAGAUAUCCAUCGCUACGAGAAACAAGUGCAGGAACAUCUAUCUAAACCGCAUGAACCGAAACAAACCAAGGAAUUGAUAAAUUAUGGCAGCUAUUUGCAUGAACAGCUCAUGCACAUGAUCUCUCAACUUGAUACUAUGCCAGAAGCAAACGAGGAAGAAAGAGUUGAAAGGCGUAAAAAUGUAAAGGAAACAGAGUCGUUAUUGGAUUUAAUAGAGUCUGUAAAAAAUAAGUUGCUCCAACUGAUGAAAUAAAGUCUAAUUUACUGAUUGCCAGGAGGUUGGCCUUUACCUCAUUAUCGUCUUCUUUCACUUUUAGCGAUAUAGCGUAUAGAAAAAAAAGCAGCUUUAUUUUCACACAACAAGCCAUCGACGUUUAAUUACAUGUCAAAUCGGUGGGUUGUACUAAGGAAUCUUGAUUUAACAGGUACUCCGCCGUCGCCAUGAUUUGACAGCAUAAAAUAAAAAAGAAUUGCCCG